GCGCGCCCGUGCCGUGCCCUCUCAUAUUUCGACUCUCCAGCUCUGUCCGUGCAACGCCACUUUAGUCAAGACAUAAAACAAGAACUCUACUCAUUCUAUUUGUUUUCCCUAUAAACUCUUUGGAGAAGCAGGAAGCUACCAUUCACAGAAUACGCCAAACGGCAGUCGUGUAAAGAAAUAUAUAUACAAAUGCCCGCAGAGACUAUGAGCAACAGCCGCAAUAGCCCCAACGAUCGUUACGGUACCCACCUAUCGCCCGUAAACUCCAACGACGAUCGCAGCUCCUUUGUUUCGACCAACGGCAGUGAUAAGAAUGGAAGCGUGAACGGGUCCGCCGCGUACGGCUCGCCCAAAACGCCCGGGGCGUACAGCGACAACGGUAGUGUGCGCCACGGCCACCGCACCAGCAGCCGAGGCAGCGGCAGUGACUUCUACAGCGAGGAUGACAGCGACAACAGUGAAGGCUACGCAGACGGCGCCGGGCACUUGGAGUCCGCCAAGCAGCGCGACCGGCACCGGCGGCCGAGCACGCUCCAAGAAGAAUCUUUACGCAAUAGUGGUAUCAGCGGCGGCGGCGGCCACAACAACAGCCUGAGCCACGGAUCGUUUUCCUCGCCGGCGCAGCGGAUUGCGAGCUCAGAGCGGCGCAACCGAAGCAAUUCAAUCGGGGUGAAUCGCAUGUCCUUGUCGGACGCCCCCCUCUCCUACUUCCACCGACACAACUGCGGCGCCUUCUCAGUGCGAAACGAGUUUCGCUACUACGUCAGCCACUUGAAGCACCUGUAUGAGACAAUCGAGGAGGAUCGGCUGCCGUGGAAGACGGACUUCGCAGACGCUCAAAAGAUGGGCUUUCCGCGUAAAGUGAAGGAGGUGGCUGGCCGAUUGAACCUUAACAUUCCGUACUACUCCUCCAACUACGUUGAAGUCUUCUACGUGGUGACGAUGCCGUUCCUGUUGGUGUUCAACACCCCUUUCUUCCUCGUGACGUUUCUCACGAUGGCGAUGAUCCACUCUGUCGCGUUGCGGCGCCGAAACACGCAGGUCUACGGCGAAUCGGUCACGGUGCUAGGCAGGCCGAUCAGCUACCGCAAUCUAGCUCACGUUUUGCUCUUUGCCUUUGUGAUGCUCUUCAUGUUCUUCAACGGUCUUAAGACAAUGAUGUGGGUGAUCGUGCUGAACCUGUGCGUCAUCGUCCCGCAUGCCGUAUUGCGUAAGCCGACGUACUUUGAUGAUGAGGAGUUGGAGAAGUGUCGUCCGAAGUUGAUUCAGUACGGGAUUGUGCUGCUGCUGUUGGGCCUGGACUACUUGGAAGGCGACGUUAGUGACAACGACGAGACGAUGAGCCGACGACUUGUCGAGCGGGAAAAGAAGCGCCUCGCAGCCGUUCUGGAGAAGCGCGAAGGAAAGGGGUAA